AUGACUAGCGUGGCGGAUGAACAAAGGAAGGCCGACUUCCAGAUUGAGCCGUCGAAGGUGAAGCCCACCAUCGACGCCAGCGACUGGCCUCUCCUCCUCAAGGACUUUGACAAGCUGAACAUUCGCAGCAACCACUACACCCCGCUGCCAAACGGCUGCUCGCCGCUGAAGCGCAAGAUCCACGACUAUGUGCGCAGUGGUGUGAUCAACCUCGACAAGCCAGCCAACCCGUCCUCCCACGAGGUUGUCGCCUGGAUCCGCCGCAUUCUCAAGGUGGAGAAGACGGGCCACAGCGGCACGCUGGACCCAAAGGUCACGGGCUGCCUGAUUGUGUGCAUCGACCGCGCCACGCGCCUGGUCAAGUCGCAGCAGAACGCGGGCAAGGAGUACGUCGGCCUUGUUCGCCUCCACAGCGCCAUUGACGGCGAGGUCGCGCUUGCCCAGGCCCUGGAGAAGCUCACCGGUGCCCUCUUCCAGCGCCCGCCCCUCAUCUCCGCCGUCAAGCGCCAGCUGCGCGUGCGCACCAUCUACGAGUCGAAGCUGCUCGAGUACGACAACGACCGCCACCUCGGCAUCUUCUGGGUCAAGUGCGAGGCCGGUACAUACAUCCGUACCCUGUGCGUGCACCUUGGCUUCCUCCUCGGCGUUGGCGGCCACAUGCAGGAGCUGCGCCGCGUCCGCUCCGGUAUCCAGAGCGAGGCAGACAACCUCGUCACCAUGCACGACGUGCUCGACGCACAGUGGCACUACGAAAACACACGCGAUCAAACCUACCUUCGCCGUGUGAUCCAACCCCUGGAGAUUCUGCUCACGGGACACAAGCGCGUCGUGGUUAAGGACAGCGCUGUCAACGCCAUCUGCUACGGCGCCAAGCUCAUGAUUCCUGGACUGUUGCGGUAUGCGGACGGUAUUGAGAUUGACGAGGAGUGCGUCAUCCUCACGACAAAGGGCGAGGCUGUUGCCGUCGGCAUUGCGUGCAUGACGACUGCUGUGAUGGCGACGUGCGAUCACGGCGUCGUUGCCAAGAUCAAGCGUGUGAUUAUGGAGCGUGACACAUACCCGCGGCAGUGGGGUCUUGGCCCUCGCGCCGCCGCCAAGAAGAAGCUGAUCCAGGCCGGCAAGCUUGACAAGUACGGCCGCCCCAACGACAAGACGCCCAAGGACUGGCUCAACGGCUACGUCGACUACGCAGCUGCUGCUGCCGCCGUCGCUGCAACAGAGACACAGGACGCAGACGACAGCAACCCGGCCAAGAAGCGCAAGCAAUCGGAGGACGUGUCUGAGCCAUCCACGCCCGUGAAGGAGUCAAAGAAGGCAAAGACAGAGGAUGAGCCCAAGAGCGAGAAGAAGAAGAAGAAGAAAAAGAGCAAGGACAAGGACGAGCCAAGCACACCCAAGAGCGAGAAGAAGAAGAAGAAGAAGUCGAAGGACGCUGACACACCCAAGAGCGAGAAGAAGAAGAAGUCCAAGAAGUCCAAGGACGAGUGA